AUUGCAAAGUGCAUCAUCUUUUCGGCCACUUCGCUCUUCUGAUUGCCUCAUAAGCCGAUUGUUGGCUGGAUUGCGUGGUUUACCAUUUUGUGGCUGUGAAUCCUGGUUCAUGCGGCGCUCCAUGAGAGCGCUCCCAGCUUCCGUGAGAGAAGUUGGAGCCAUGGCCUCUGCUUCCGGCUCUCGCGUUUGUGCUAAUUUGUCGCGUGAGUGCGUAAGCUCAGCUCCAAUCGCCUCUUCUGGUGGCAGCUGCAAGAGGUCCUCGUUUCUGCCUUCUCGACGAGUUGGUGCUCUGAGGUCUGCAGCGUUGGUCUCUGGCCGCGCUAAUGGACUCAGCAUUUUGCGUCAUCCAAGGAUUGUUAGCACCUGCGAUGCUGGGUUUAUCAAUGUCAGGAGCGAAGCAACCGUGGCUGGGAAGGCAGCUCAAUUGGAGCAGGCCGAGUCGCAGGCUGAGCUGGACCAAGAGAAAGGCCUUGAAACUCCACAAAAAAUCAGAGGAUAUCCUUUUCCAGAGAUAGAGGCUCGAUGGCAGCAAUACUGGGAAGAUAAUCAAACCUUUCGGACUCCAGACGUGGUGGACACCACUAAGCCAAAAUAUUAUGUCCUGGACAUGUUUCCAUAUCCCAGUGGUGCAGGCUUGCAUGUUGGCCACCCCGAAGGUUACACUGCAACUGAUAUCAUGGCCCGCUACAAACGAAUGCGAGGUUUUAAUGUGUUGCAUCCAAUGGGCUGGGAUGCAUUUGGUUUACCAGCUGAGCAAUAUGCCAUCCAGACAGGAACUCAUCCACGAGAGACGACGCUGAAAAAUAUCGACCGCUUUCGUUCACAGCUCAAAUCACUUGGCUUUUCAUAUGAUUGGCAACGGGAAAUAUCUACGACUGAGCCGGACUACUACAAAUGGACACAGUGGAUUUUCUUGCAACUAUUUAAGAGGGGCUUGGCAUAUGAGGCAGAGGUUGCUGUGAAUUGGUGCCCAGCACUUGGGACAGUCUUGUCUAACGAGGAAGUUAUCGAUGGUCUCAGUGAGCGUGGAAGUCACCCUGUCAUCCGAAAGCCAAUGCGACAAUGGAUGCUGAAGAUUACUCAGUAUGCUGAUCGUUUGGUGGAGGAUUUAGAUGACCUAGAUUGGCCAGAAAGCAUCAAAGACAUGCAACGCAACUGGAUUGGCCGUUCUGAAGGUGCUGAACUUGGUUUCCCAAUCCUGGAUGGUAAUGGGACACUGCGGGAUCUGAACGUGCGUGUUUAUACAACCCGACCUGACACUUUGUGCGGAGCCACGUAUCUUGUUGUGGGUCCUGAGCAUCCGCUGCUACAGCAGAUAACAUCAGACGAUCAAAAGCAGGCAGUGGCUGAGUACGUUGAAGCAGCCUCCAAGAAGACCGAUUUGGAGAGAACGGAACUACAAAAAGUGAAGACAGGUGUUUUCACCGGUACAUAUGCUAGGAACCCAGCCACGGCGGAAGCCAUUCCUAUCUGGGUGGCAGACUAUGUUUUAGGCGGCUAUGGCACAGGGGCAAUCAUGGCUGUUCCUGCUCACGAUUCCAGAGAUUUCGAGUUUGCUAAAGCUUUCGAUCUUCCAAUGCGUCUUGUUGUCUCCCCUAAUGACGGCAAAGAGUGGGAUCAGGAGAAAGCUUAUUCCGGAGAUGGAAAACUUGUCAAUUCAUCUUAUGAAAUUGAUAUCAAUGGUUUAUCUACAAGUGAAGCAGCAUCCAAAGUGAUCCAUUGGCUUGAGCAAAACGGAUUUGGUACGAAGAAGGUUAACUACAAGCUACGAGACUGGCUAUUUGCUAGACAACGAUACUGGGGGGAACCCUUCCCAUUGCUGUUACUCGAGAACGGUGAAAUCAAGGCUGUGCCAGAGAGCGAUCUGCCCGUGACUUUACCAGAAAUAGACGAGUUUACACCAACUGGAACUGGUGAACCACCUCUAGCUAAAGCUACCUCCUGGGUGAAUACUACCGAUCCAGAAUCAGGGAAACCAGCUCGUCGUGAAACAAACACUAUGCCGCAGUGGGCUGGUUCCUGCUGGUACUAUUUGAGAUUUAUAGAUCCCAAAAAUCCCAACGCGCUUGUUGAUCCAGAGAAGGAGAGAUAUUGGGGCCCAGUAGACUUGUACGUGGGAGGCGCUGAGCACUCAGUUCUACAUCUUCUUUAUGCACGGUUCUGGCACAAGGUACUUUAUGAUAUUGGUGUCGUUUCCACCAAAGAGCCGUUUCAGUGUCUGGUGAACCAGGGCAUGAUUCUAGGCGAGGUGGAGUACACAGUUUUUAGAGACACCAGAGAUGGAAGUUUUGUUUCGGCUGAUAUGGUGGACGGAAGUGAUUAUUACAAAGAUGAAAGGAUAUCAGAAAGUCUUGUUGUAAAGAAGGGAGAGUCUUACGUGCUGAAGGAUAAUCCUAAGAUUAGGGUAAGCUCCAGGGCACACAAAAUGAGUAAGAGUCGAGGGAAUGUCAUCAAUCCUGAUGAUAUUGUAAGUGAGUAUGGUGCGGAUUCACUGCGACUCUACGAGAUGUUCAUGGGUCCGUUGAGGGAUGUCAAAAUAUGGAGCACAAACGGCGUUGAAGGAGUGCACAGGUUUUUGGGACGUGCAUGGAGGCUUGUGGUUGGGUCGGCCCUGCCUGGAGGAGGUUACCCAGAGCACACUUUGGCAACUGACGGUGCUCCCUCCAAGGAGCAGCUUCGGGCUCUACAUCAGUGUAUCAGCAAGGUAACAGAGGAGAUCGAUAACAUGCGAUUCAACACCGCAAUAGCUGCGAUGAUGGAGUUCAUCAAUGUUGCAAACAAGUGGACUGACCGACCAAAGGAAGUGCUGGAACCGUUUGUGCUAUUGCUGUCACCGUUAGCCCCACAUAUAGCGGAAGAGCUGUGGUGUAGGUUAGGUCACUCGCAGAGCCUGGCCUACGAACGCUGGCCCGAGGCGAACCCGGAGUAUUUGAGAGAGGAUACCAUGACGCUGCCUGUGCAGUUCAAUGGGAAAACAAGAGGCACUAUCCAGGUUCCGGUUGGAAUCGAUCAAGCUGCUGCCUUGGCAGCUGUUACCGAAGAUGGUAACUUCACAAAAUUCCUUGAAGGCAAAGAAAUCAAGAAGACGAUUUAUGUCCCGGGAAGGAUACUGAAUCUGAUCGUGAAAUGAGAGUGUAGGAAAUAACGUUAAGCUAAGAGUAAAUCAGAGUUGCAGAAUAUGUAGGACAAUUGCAUUGUAUUGCAUAGAUUUUUUCUGAUGUCAUGUAUUGAAGACAUCCUCAGUGGUAUUGUAUUUAUAUUUUUAUGUCUGCAAGGGCUCAGUUAAUGAAUGCAAAUUACCAGGUACCGCAUUUUUACGUGGCA